AUGUCGAUAGAAUUGUAUGCUAUUAUCAAAAACCCUGAAUAUUUCUGGGAGCCAAGGAAGCACAUGUGUGUUCCUAUUACUAUUACUAUUGCUGUAUAUGUAGGAGCUGUAGGAACUGCUGGAAAGGGCAAGACUAUCUUUGUUCAGCAGGCAUUUGAAAAACUAGACUCCUGGGGUUCAAAUAUUCCAGUUAAAGUUAGGGAUG